GUUCUGUUCAGAUGGUUAUUAGACAUGGGCGUAAAUAACUAUGGGCAUAUCUUACAUGGUAAAUUUAUAUUAGUCUUUUAACACAAUUUCUAAAUAAAUUUGUGGGACAAUUAAUUUCAUAAAUAAACACGAUACAAAUUUAUGAUUGUCUGAAAAAAUAUUUUUAUACAAAAAUCAAUAGAUUACAUAAAUAAAUAAAAUUCAACGUGAAUAUAAUGUCCACAAUAUUGAAUGACUUUCACUCUGUUCACCUUUUUCCGUAUCGCUUAGAUUGAACGCACAUAAAUUGGCUAUUGUUUUAGUCUUGUUGAUUGAAAGCAUAAAAUAAGGAUUAACUAAAUACUUUGGUGAAUGACUAUUUAAAAAGUCCCACUAAUUCUUGAAAUCAAUCACUAAAAGUAAUGAAGACACUCAGUUGCUGAACUAAAAUAUUCUGUUCAAUAAUCAUUAUGCGAAUAUAUACUGUCAGUUAUUUAUUCAGUUAUGUAAACUGUCGUUCAUGUUCAAGAAAACACACAUUUCUUUGUAACAUUAUGCUUACUAUAACUUGGCUAUUAGUUGUUCCUUUAUUGAUUAAAUUUUAUAUGCAAGAGGAUUAUCAAUUAUUUCAUUAUCCUCCAAAUAUUAAUUUGUAUCAAAUUUAUGAAAAAGAAAAAUUACAAAUUAAUUCAAGUUUACCACCAUUAUGGAAAAUAACGUUUCCUCUAACUUCUAAUUAUACAGAACAAUGUCUAAUUAAACAUUAUAAAUGCAAUAGUAAUAAUAAUAAUAAUAAUAAUGAUUCCUUAUUAUUUCAGUCGUCAAAAUGUCAAACUCUUGAUAUACUAUUAGUCAUUCGAUCACAUGUAAAUAAUUUCAAUCAACGAGAUGCUAUUCGUCAAACAUGGGGAAAUCAACAAUGUUAUGGAAAUUUUGGUGUGUUUAUUCGUAUUCUAUUUAUUUUAGGCAAACAAGACGACAAUAAUGAUAAUGUAUUAAAUUAUUCUAUGCAAAAUAAAAAUAUUCAUCAUGACAAUAGUGGGGGUAACAUUGGAGUAUUACAAAUGCUACACUAUGAGCAUUUUAUGCAUCGUGAUAUUAUACAAUUUGACUUUAUUGAUAAUGAUUCUAAUUUAUUGAAUAAAUGGAUUGGUAGUAUUGAUUUUAUUGUAAAAUAUUGUAUGAUUACUGAAAAAUCUUUUACUCUAUUUCUAGAUGAUGAUACUUUUUUACAUCCAAUAAAUUUAAUACAAUUAUUACGUCGUAUUACACUUAGUCAAUAUAGAAUUUAUGCAUCCGGUCAUGUAAAACGUAUCUCUUAUCCAGUACGUAUCCCGUUCUUGCCUAAAUAUAUGUCAUUAUCAAAUUAUCCAUUCUAUAUGUAUCCACCAUAUAUAAUUAGUGGAACAAUUAUAUUAAGUAUGCCUGUUGUUCAAUUAUUACGUGUUGGAUUUAACUAUGUUACAAAUAUUCCAUAUGAUGAUAUCCUAUUAGGAAUGAUACUAUUGAAAUUUGGUAUUAGUCCUAUUCAUUUAAAAAAUAUUUAUACAGAACAUAGUUUAGAUAAGCAAACCCUUAAACAAUUACAAUUUAUCAGUAUUCAUGGUUACAAUGAUCCUUCAAUGAUUCACUCGUUGUGGUCAACUUUAAAUAUGAAUUAUGCUUGUAAAAUAAAACUAAAGAACUAAUCAAAAAAUAUCUAAGAUAUUUUAUGCUCUUUUUUAUUCGUGAAGCUAUACAAACUGACAAAGUUUUUCUUAUUAUUUCAUUUUAGCUAGUUCCGUGAUUAAAAGUGACAGAUGAACAAAUAAUUUUUUAAUGAAGAUUAGUUUUUUAAUGCACUAUUUUAUGGGUUUAUAGUCCUUUCAUAUGUAUGGCAAACAUGAUAUCGGUUACUACUCAAUUCUAUAGAAAAUCAGUAGCAGCUCGAAUAGCUCAAUUGUGACGUCUCAGAUUGUGUACAUCAGGGGGUGUGGAGAAAUAAUCAUCUGAAGAUUGCAAGUAUACCAGGUUGUUAAGUGCUAACUAACACGAAAAUUUGAUCCAUGGAUUCAUAUUGACCACCAUCAACCACCUUACAUCAAAACAUGGUGCACAUGAUACCAAAUUAUUUAGACUAGUGGAUGUAUUGUAACGUAGUCCAUAGACUUGGAUCAGAAUUUAGAAUUUCGAAACUGUGACAUUUUCUAAUACUCAGUAAUCAGUGAAUAAAAAUAUAACCAGCGUAAAUGAUAAUUUAACCCUGAAUUCACAAUUUGACAUAUUUGGCUGAUCAUUUUUUUAGUUUAUUUUACAUUCGAUACAUGGCUUCAAAGCAACAUAUUUUUGGGUGGUAAAUGUUAGUGUUGUUUAUUAUUUUAUGGCAAGUGUUUUUUGGAUGCUUUUAGCUGAUACGUCGCAAUGAUUUUAUUCUAGUAAAAGAUAUACUAUACUAUACUAUUCUAUAUAUAUGUAAAGUGUUUCCAUAAACUGUUCUUAUACCAUUACAUUCUACUCAGUCCUUAUCAUUAAAAUUUAUUUAUGUGAAGUAUCACCUUAUUGUACAAAUAAGUAGCUGAAUUUAAUCUACAUUUAAUAAAAUUUUAAAUUGGAACUAAUUAAUGAAUUUUCAUUCAUUACCACUCACUAAUUUUCGAUGGUUUUUAAUUAAAAUCAAGCAAUGUGAGUUCAACUAUGU